AUUUCAGUUCGAGUCUCUUGCUUGUGCCGCUCGCUUGUAGAUUGUUUAUGAAGCGCUAGCGCAGUGUCCGCACCUCUCCGACAGUUCAAAUCACUGAACCACGAACAAAAACUAAAUUUCAAGUUUUUAUUUUCAGUUAUACCUAAGUGUAGUGUAGAUUACUUUUGUUUGUCAAUAUUAAAUCGAUAACGGGUCGGGAAAUACAACAUCAACAAAUUAUUCUAGCGGUUGCCUAAAUCCUUAAUCAUUUUACCUACCUACCUACGGUUGUGGAUCAGCAUUUUGUGUUUUAAAUUAAAAGAUCUAGAUGAACAUCUAUAACAAAGUGAUAUAAAUACAAAACUAGUACCUAGUUAUAAUUGGAUUUGGACUAGAAACAAUUUUAAGUGAUAUUGAUAUCCUUAAAACAUAAAGAUGCCGGCAGAAACAAAAUCUUCUCCAGCUGGAACUGAGACAGAAACACCUACAAAGAAAAAGUCAACAGCUGUUUCCACAUCAAAAGCUGCCCUGGCACGCGUGACUCUCCUUGAUGGUUCUAUUUUAGAUGUUACAAUUGAUCGUAAAGCCAGAGGACGAGAUUUGCUGAAUUCUAUUUGUGCGGGCUUAAACAUUCUGGAAAAAGAUUACUUUGGUUUGAUUUAUCAGAUUCCAACUGACGAUCGUGUUUGGUUAGAUCUAGAGAAACAGGUGGCUAAAUUCUUCCGAACUGAUCCAUGGGUGCUACAAUUUGCUGUGAAAUUCUAUCCUCCAGAGCCGGCUCAACUACAGGAGGAUAUAACUAGAUACCAACUUUGUCUUCAAAUUCGUAACGAUAUCUUGGAAGAACGAUUACCAUGUACAUUCGUUACUCAUGCCCUUUUGGGUUCGUAUCUCGUUCAAUCCGAAAUGGGAGACUACGAUCCAAAGGAAAUGCCAGACAGAGGUUAUUUAAAAGAUUUCAAAAUUGCACCAAAUCAGAAUUCUGAAUUGGAGCAAAAGGUCAUGGAUUUGCAUAAGACUCAUAAAGGACAAUCACCUGCUGAAGCAGAAUUGCAUUACUUAGAGAAUGCAAAAAAACUUGCAAUGUACGGGGUAGAUUUGCAUCCAGCUAAAGACUCUGAGGGUGUAGACAUCAUGUUAGGUGUUUGCGCAUCUGGAUUGCUUGUUUAUCGUGAUAAAUUGCGUAUCAAUCGUUUCGCUUGGCCGAAAAUUUUGAAAAUUUCUUACAAACGUCACAAUUUUUACAUCAAAAUCCGUCCUGGUGAUUUUGAGCAGUACGAGUCAACGAUUGGCUUUAAGUUAGCCAGUCAUAGUGCUGCUAAAAAAUUAUGGAAAUCCUGCGUUGAACACCAUACAUUCUUCCGUUUGAUGACACCAGAGCCACCAACUAAGUCAAGUCUUUUUCCAAGAUUCGGAUCUAAGUUCCGUUACUCUGGCCGAACCAUGUAUGAGACCAGAAAAAAUCCUGUAGAGCGUGCAGCUCCCAAGUUUGACCGGAGCUUAUCGGGCCGUCGGCUAACCAGCAAGAGCAUGGAUGCUUUAGCUUUAGCUGAAAAAGAACGUGAGAAAGAUGCUCAAAAGCGGCAUACUAUGGGUCACCCACCAGAUCACAUUCCAGAUUUAGAUCCACCUCGCAGCAGAAGUCCAUUGAAAAAAGAUAAAAAAGAAAAGUUGAAGCGUGAAUCAAGCACUGGUACAGCAUCUGCUUCAUCGCAGAGUUCAAUUGAAGGCGAUUACGAGACCGGUGCAGAUUACAUUGUCGACGAGCAGGCCCGUCCUGGCGAUUCCGAUAAAGAAAACAAAGACAAGAAAUCGAAGGAUGACAAGGAAAAACAAAGCGGCAAACCUAAUGAAGAAAUAAAUGGCAAUGAUGGUUUAAAUGGUUCAAACCACUCAGAAAAGUCUACCGGAAAAGGACGUGGACUUGGUCUCUUCUCUGGAGGCCGAAAAUCCCCGAAGGACAAAUCACCAAAAGAAAAAGAACAAUCACCUUCACCAACAAAAGAUUUAAAAGAUAAAUUCGGUAAAACAGGAAAAGAAAAAGUUGAAAAAGUAGGCGUGUUAGCCACCUCACCAGAUAAAACAAAUACAAAUACUAAUAAGGGUCAAUCGGGUUAUACUAGGCCUUAUGAAUAUUCGGAAGACGAUGCUGGUACAAGUCCAACACGAAAGUCGUACGUCCCUGGUGGAUUCCGUUACGACCAAGAUCCAAAUUCCAAUAAAGGCUAUGACGGCAGCGAACAGCUGUCACCUGGAUCACAACAGAAAAAGGUCGGAUUGGCUUUUAAUUAUGCUCCUGGCAACGCAGAGCAACUUAAAGAGCAUGCUCAAAAGUUGAAAAAGGGAGAAUUAUCGCCUAAGACUCGCGAUAAAUUGAACAAAGGCCAAUUAUCGCCGAAAACUAAAGAAAAGCUACUUAAAGAAGGAAAUUUGUCACCCAAGUCGAAAGCUAAAUUACUGGGCACAGCUGAAAAUGCUGCUCCCUUAACAGAUGCUCACGGUAGAUCUUACUCGCCAAAUGAAGGCAGAGGUGGUUAUACAUCUGGGGCUCCUGGUAGCUAUAAGCCAACCAUUGAUCCAACAGCUGCAUUUUUGGAUGCUGAACGUUAUGCCAAAGAAAAACCAAACUCUGGUUUAGAUAGAGUGGGAAAAUCUGUUGCCGGUUUACCAGUUAAAGAUGCCGCAAAGGCCAAGAAGAAGAGAGUUAAGAUAAUGGUCAUCACAUCCAAAUUCGACCCAUCGACUAAGAGAGUCGAUACCGAAAGCGGCCUAAUCGAACACUCAAGUGGUAUUUUAAAUCUAGAAACUGGUCGCAUCGAGUCCAAGUAUGGUUUAAUUGAUCCCAAAAAAGGUACUCUUGAAGCAUUGAAUACAAUGACAGGAAAAAAAGAAACAUACCAAGGUGAAGUCGAUCCCAAGACUGGUAAUUUGCAUCUUGUAAAAGGAGUUGCUGAUCCAAAGACUGGUCGCGUAGACGACUCCUUGGGUCAGGUCAUAUGUAUUACAGAACAGGAUAAUCCGGUUGUCGAGCUCACUGUGAUUACAAGUAGAAUCGACCCAAUAACGAAAAAAGUGGACACUGUUAAUGGCGAAGUCGAACGCUCUUUAGGCGUUUUGAAUUUAGAAACCGGUAUUUUGGACACAAAAUAUGGUGAAAUCAAUCCGAAGACAGGUGAAAUCAAAACAGUGGAUCCUAAAACACGAAAAGUUAUAUCUUCAAAGAAUGUCACAGUUGAUCCAAGUACUGGUCAAAUAACCAUUCUUGGAGUAACAGAUCCAAAGUCCGGAAAGAUUGAUACAAGUGUUGGGCGUUUGAUUGAAAUCGGCCAACAGAUUGACCCAGUUGUUGAAGUUACAUCUUUGUCUGGUAAAUAUGAUUCAAAGAAGGGCAUAAUUGAACCCAAAACCGCUGAAGUAGAAACAUCAGCAGGACAAUUUGAUCCUAAAGCUGGCAAAGUUGAUACGAAAUACGGUCAAAUCGAUCUUGUCAGACACACAAUUACAUGUCAUGAUCCAAAAACAGGAAAAUCAAGCGUUAAGGAUGUAAAAAUUGAUGCAACCACUGGUCAAAUUGUUCUUAAAAACCAAGUUAAUCCCAAAACUAACAAACUUGAUAAAGAUUAUGCUCGCAUCUUAUCAUUACGCAUAGUUCAGCAUCGUGUCGACCCAAAAACACAACAACCUAUUAAUGAUUUACGUGAUGAUAAAGAUGUCAUUAUUGAUCCCAAGACAAAUCAAAUUUGGGUUCCUACUGGUGUCAAGGAUCCGAAUACAAAUGAACUUCAAUAUGUAUCUAGUAGUGUUGACCCUAUAACUGGUUAUGUAAUCACAAUCUACGGCUACUUAGAUCCAAAGGCAAAUGAAAUUAAGCAACAAACAAAAUUAGACCCGAAUGUGAUUAAAAUUGAACCAAACACUGGGAAAAUAUUUACUGCUACUGGUGAGGUUGAUAUCGAAACCAGACAACCACUAUACGCUGCUACCCAAGUUGACCCAGAGAGUGGGGAAACUUAUACGAAAGUUGGGCGUAUUGAUCCAAAAACUGGAAAAAUUAUUAUUGUAAAAAUAUUUUUAAUCUCAAAGACAGACGAACGCGGCCGUCCAGAAGAGUUUGACCCUCAAUCGGUAGAAAUCGAUCCCAAAACGGGACGCAUUUUAAAAUUCUCCAAUAGAACUGUUUAUGUUUAUAAUAUGAUUGAUCCAAUAACUGGUGAAAUUAUUCAGGUUGAUCCAAAUGAUCCUCGCAUAGCUGGUGCUCGUACCACAGUCACUCACACCAUGACGCUUUCAGGAGAGAUUGAUCCAAUAACGGGACGCAUUAAGAGUGAAUACGGACAUAUUGAUCCUGAAACAGGCGAUAUCGAUCCAGAUACUGCUAUUAUGGAUCCAGUUACUGGAAAACUUAUUCUCAAUUAUGCACAAAUCGAUCCAACCCACUUUGGUAAGGACGUUGAAGUCAGUACUACUACGGAAUCCGUUCCAAUUACCCGUCAGCAGUUCUUUGAUGGUAUCAAGCAUAUGGGUAAGAAUGCUUUGCGCCGGGACUCUGAAGCUAGCAGUGAUGACGAUAUGACGAAGCAAUAUGAGUCAGAGAAUAUUAAAGAGAUGCAAUCAGGAACACCAAAAUCUGGAGGUGGAAAAUUGGGAAAAUAUGUAAGCACACCAACAGUAGUUAAGACAACGACAAAACAAGUGCUUACUAAGAAUGAAGAUGGCGUCACGCAUAAUGUUGAGGAAGAAGUUAGAAAUUUAGGCACUGGCGAAGUAACGUUCUCGACGCAGGAACAUAAGGCCGAACCUCCAAGAGAUGAUUCAAGUGGUGCUUAUGUAACAGCCACCGCUGUUACUACUCGAACUGCCACCACCCACGAAGACCUGGGUAAGAAAGCGAAAACCGAACAACUCGAAGAAAAAACUGUAGCCACUACCCGCACUCACGAUCCAAACAAACAAGAACAGCGAGUUGUAACACAGGAGGUUAAGACAACUGCAACAGUAACAAGUGGUGACCAGUUUCAAAGAAGAGACAGUAUUUCAUCGGCAAGCUCUGGCGAUUCAGGUACUCCAAUUGAUGGGCCGUAUGGCUCUGUGGUAAAGUCGAUAGCUUAUCAGCAAUCUCCAACAAGCACGGGACCACAUGUUGAACAGACCAGAGUUAUUCUGGGUGAGGAAACACCCGGAUAUUCUGGCCAUGGAGAAAUUGUUUCCUCACAAACAGUUAGUAGCAAAACGAGAACUGUAGAAACUAUAACUUAUAAAACCGAACGAGAUGGAAUUGUCGAAACAAGAGUAGAACAAAAGAUAACAAUUCAAUCAGAUGGCGAUCCGAUAGAUCAUGACAAAGCAUUGGCUGAGGCAAUUCAGGAAGCCACAGCUAUGAAUCCAGACAUGACAGUCGAGAAAAUCGAAAUCCAACAGCAAACACAAUAAAAUACCACAUACCUACCAAUUAAAAACAAAACAAAACAAACUAUUUCUGAAUGAACUUUUUAGAAAACUCUAAUUUAAAAAUUUAUUUUUUAUUAUUAUUUUAAAGUUAUACAAAUUUAUCUUGCAUAUAUAUUAAGCGUUUUAUCAAAAUAGUUUUUAAAUAAAUCAUACUUUAUAUAUUUACAAUAAAAUCUUAAUAAAAAACACAUUUUGAAUAAAUAAAGGAUAACUCAGGACACACACAGCAGCAGCAGUUAUUAAAAAAAUUAAUAAAAUAUAAUUGAAUCAAUCAAAAAAUAAAAUAUAUAUACUGCGUUUAAAGUAAAAAUUAUUAAACAAAAUUUAUGGUUACACACAUUAAAACAAGUUCAAAUAAAUACGUCCUACCUAUACACACUCCCCCACCACUGAUACACAUUCUUUAUUAUUUAUCAUAUAUUAAUAUUAUCAUAAAGUUAAUACAUUUUUAGUGCUCAGACUUUAACAAAAAUAAAAUUGUGAAUGUACAUAAUAUAAAACUUUUAUCAGUAAAUCCUAAGUGUUUAACGCUCAUAGAAUAUUUAUUCACUUCAAUGUAAAGGAAUAACAAUAUACCCCCACAAAAACAAUAAACAUUUGGUACAACCAACAACAACUUGCAUGUAUGAAGUUAAGAAGAACAAUGUCUUAUAAAUAAUAACAUGGAAAACUCCUCAUUGAAGGAUAUUCAAAAAUAAACGCAAUGUGCAAUAUUUCAAUGAAAAUUAAACUUUACCAUUUACACAUUUACAUAUACGUAUGUACGUGUUGAGUUUCCAAAAUCAUAGCUAAGAGUUUCAUUACCUAAUAAAACUAAACUUUUAUAAACCAAGUUUCAAUAAAUAUAAAGUUUUAUAUGUGCCUGAACUUAUGUAUGUAUGUUGUAGCACGAAACAUAAAUAUGAAAAUUCUAAACAUAGGAGUUUUAAUUGUUAUUUAAAUUCUUCAGUACAUAAUUUUGAUGAGGUUUGAAAAACGUAAGGAUAUUUUUAGUUUAAUUUUUUGUUAUAAAUUUAUGUUCUGCUAUCCAUUUUAUGAUUAUAGAUUUAUAUCGAUAAAAUAUGACCAAGAUAAUUUGAGAUGCAUACUAUUUUUAAGAAAAAAGUUUCCUUUUUUAAAUACUAAACAUUACAUGUAGAUUCUUAGCUUUUGUACUGAAGUAUCUAUAUAUUAAGUGGUUCUGAAAUCAAUUUGAAGUACAAUAUUUAGGGAGACUUGCAUGGUAUGCUCUAAGAAACUGUUAACAUGAAAAAUCUUACUUGUGGUCUGAUAAUUAGGCAAUCCCCUUUUUCAAGACAGAAAAAGUUGCGUUUUGUAUUUCAAGUUCGACUCAACCUCCAAUUCAAGACCAAAUACUUGUGGAAGCUUUUACUCCUCUAUUGAGCAUUUCUUUGUAAUUUUUAAAAUCUUAAAUCACAAACGAAGAUACAAUAAGGACUUAAAAUACUUACAACAUACAAAAAGAUGAAAGGUAAUAAAUUUACUUAAUCAGAGUUCAUUCCAUAGUUAGUUAUGAUUUUGUUUACAUUCGUAAAAUUGAUUUGUUUUCAUUGGCUUUCAAAGCUCCAGUUACUGAUAUUUCAUUUUUUAGUUGUUUGAAAUAAACAUACAGUACUUUUUAUUUAUGUUUUAUAGACCGUAAUAUUGUUUGUAUCUCUGACACAUUCCAAUCUUAUUUAUUCUUUUCUUGUUAAUUGCAAUGCGAUAUAUUUAUUAAUAUAUUUUGUCUUGUUUUAGUUUGCCUUUAAUAUAUUUUAUUGUAUAUUUGCUAUGUUGGAUUUCAAAUCAUAUUACAUUUUAUGGUAGUUAUAACAAAAAUAAUAUUAUUACAUUAUAACAGUUAUUAUAAAAACAGCAUUUAAAAAUUAUUUAUGAUGAUUAUACAUAAAUUUGUACGUGUCUCUCAAAUAAUAUUUUCGAUACUAACAAUAAAAUUGUAUUAACAAAAAUUAAGCUAUUUUGGCAUUUAAAAAUAGAAUAACAAACAAUAACUACAUGUGCUAGCUUUUAGAUUUUUCACAAUUGCAAAGCAAUGAUUUCUUUUGUAUUAAAAACUAAUAUCUAAUUAUCAUAAACAAAUAAUAAUUUGCAUUACA